AUGAGGGAAGAAGCUAUCAGCUCCGGCGGGACCAAGGAUCCCACUUCUGCAGCGGCCAGUUCCGCUGGUGCGUCUUCACGUGCCGGACCUGUCAAUGGUGGCAAAAAAGAGAAGUCCAACAAUGCUCUUGAUUCCAGCAUGGCUUCUCCGUCUGUCAUCCGUUCUAAACAACCUGGGACUUCUACUCUUGGUUCAGCAAGACUUGCAUGUAGGCCAUGGGAGAGAGGCGAUUUAUUAAGGCGCUUAGCUACAUUUAAACCAAUAAAUUGGUCUGGAAAACCUAAGGUUACCAGUUCAUUGGCGUGUGCUCAAAGAGGUUGGAUGAAUGUUGAUGCUGACAAAAUUGUUUGUGAAUCCUGUGGUGCAUGUCUGAGUUUUAUGCUGUUAUCUUCAUGGACUGUCACUGAAGUUGAAGAUGCUGGAGAAGACUUUGCUAAGCAGUUGGAUGCUGGCCACGAAGCUAACUGUCCUUGGCGAGGUCAUAGCUGCCCUGAAAGCUUAGUGCAGUUCCCUCCCACUCCACAGUCUGCUUUGAUUGGUGGAUAUAAGGACAGAUGUGAUGGACUUCUGCAAUUUCAGUUACUUCCUAUUGUUGCUUCAUCUGCCAUUGAGCUGAUGCGCGUUUCUCGAGGUCCACUUGUAGAUCGCUUUCUGUCUCAGUCUCAAAAUCCUACUUUUGAAGGAGGAGACCUAAAGUCAGAGGGCUUGCAAGAACCUGGAGAUGGAGCCCUCUGUCCAUAUUAUAUUGCCCAGAGGCUCAUCAGUCUUUGUGGGUGGGAACCAAGAUGGCUUCCGAAUGUUCAAGACUGUGAAGAGCAUUCUGCUCAAUCAGCUCGAAAUGGAUAUUCUUUUGGGCCUGCUCUGCCACAAGUUCAUCCUUCGCGUGAACGUGGAUGGAGCAACCAGGCACAUACUGCUUCAGCCAAAAAAGACAACGGGAAGAAGAAAAUGGUUGCUGUUGAGUCAAAAUGUGAUUCCAGGUCACCUUUAUUGGACUGUAGCUUAUGUGGUGCUACUGUGAGAAUACUCGAUUUCUUAACCGUCUCUCGACCUACACGUUUCGCUCCAAAUGAUCUUCCUGAUGGAAGCAAAAAAUUGACCUUAACACGUGGAGUGAGUGCUGCUAGUGGAAUUAGUGGUUGGGUUGCAGCUGAUGAUGCAGAAAAAGAACAGGCUGAAGACCGUGAUGAAGUAGCAACUACAAAUGAGGGAAAGCUGCCAAUGAAUGCAGACGUCGAUUUGAAUCUCACAAUGGCUGGUGGUUUAUCUUUUACUCCUUUGGACAAGUUGAUGGACGACGAUAACCUGGAUGAUGUGGAUAUGGGCAGAGAUCUAAUGAUUGGUCAACCAGCUGGGAGUGAGGUUGGCGACCGUGCGGCUUCGUACGAGUCCCGAGGACCUAGUUCUAGGAAGCGGAGCUUGGACAUAGUUGGUAGCUCAGAUGAUAGGCGACACUUGAUUUAUCCUGCUGACAGUGUUGAAGGAACUGUCAUUGACCGUGAUGGUGAUGAAGUUACUGAUGGGAGGCAGUUUUCUGCUGGGCCUUCAAAACGAGUUCGUGAUACAGAGUUUUUCGAUUCACACAGUUCAUAUCCAAGAUACUCCUCUGGUGCUGGUCCUAGCCAUUCAGUUGGUCUUGAGAUUAAUAUGGAUGGAAACAGAUUUGGUUCUUCUUUUCGUCGAAAUACUGACCACCAGGUUGCAGGUCCAUCUACUAGGGAUUCAACACGUGCAUCAUCAGUCAUUGCCAUGGAUACCGUUGGUCAUGGUGGGGAUGAUGACUCGAUGGAAAGUGUUGAAAAUUAUCCUGGGGAUGUUGAUGAUGUUCAUUUGCCUUCAUCGAGUACAUAUGGGAAUCUUGAUAUGAAUGAGACUUCAGAACUGAAUAAUAGCAAUCAGGCCCAGCCAAGCAUUGGCUUCCGGCCAGUUGUGGCCCCAGGGGAAAUGGUUGUCAGUAGCACAAAUGACGGUGAGGAGAUUUUCAAUGCUGGAACAAUCACAGCUCAGGCUAGGGAUGGGUUUAGUUUUGGGAUUAGUGGGGGUAGUGUUGGUAUGUGUGCUAGUCACGAAGCUGAAAUUCAUGGGGCUGAUUUCUCCGUGCAUAGAGCAGAUAGUGUGGUUGGCGACAUGGAACCUAGAGUUGAAGAUGUUGACAACCAAGGUCAGACUGGUGAAUCGGUUCCUGAUCCAGGUUUGAUGGACGAGAUUGUUCCUGAUGAGAUAAACAGGGAAGAUCCUCAUGGGGGUGAUAGCCAGGAGAUGCUGUCUCGAUCUGUUGAGAGAGCUGAUAGCGGAUCGAAAGUAGAUGGUUCAACUAAGGCAGACUCUGUUGGAAGUGGCGGAGAAAAGGGAAGCAGGAGCAGUAAGAGAGUAGCAACAGGAGAAAAUGCCCAUCCUUCUCUUUCUUGUAAUGCCGUCAUUGACUCUGGCUGUGAAACAACUGCUAAUAAGGGCAAAAAAGCUGGGAAAUCCUCAUCAACAAACAAUGGUACUUGCAUAGAGUCAAAUUAUGCAGUUGCCAAUGGGAUAGAACCUCCAAAAGGUGAAAGCAACUAUGAGGAGCCUAUGGAGUUUGAUCCAAUUAUUCAUCACAAUGAGUUCUGUCCAUGGGUGAAUGGAAAUGUCGCUGCUGCUGGCAGCAGUAGCUGUGGUCCUGGAAGCAGCAAUGUAGUUGAUACUGAUGCCCUUUGUGGGUGGCAGCUGACUUUGGAUGCGCUGGAUGCAGUAGGAUCUUUGGCUAAUUUCGCCAUUCAACCCGUACAGUCUGAAUCAGCUGCAUCUCUGUACAAGGAUGAUCAUCAAACUCCUGGGCAAAAGCUUAUUCGGCGACCUUCCAUGAGCAGAAGCCAUGGUCAGCAAUGA